GACAGUCAGUUCCUCUCCCGCCGCGCCAGGCCGCCCACCGCUCGCUCCUGGCCGCGGCGCCUCUGGGCCCGACGCGCUGCAGCCUCCAGCCCGGGCGGCGGGCAGGGCGGCCGCGCCACGCCGGGCCCGAGCCCGCAGCCCCUCGCCGUGCAGGUCGUCCUCGCUUCCCGGCCCGCAGCCCCUCUCUCCGCGGGCCCCGCUGGGCCGCCCCGUCGCGUCCCCCGCUCUGAACUCAAGUCACCGUGGAGCGCCGCGGCCACCGCCCCCGCCGAUCCGCAACUUCCACCGCGAGCUGGAAAUAUGGGAUGUAUAAAAUCAAAAAGCAAAGGCCAUCUGAAUGACGAUGGAGUAGAUUUGAAGACGCAACCAGUACGUAAUACUGACCGAACUAUUUAUGUGAGAGACCCAACGUCCAAUAAACAGCAAAGGCCAGUUCCAGAAUCUCAGCUUUUGCCAGGACAGAGGUUUCAGACUAAAGAUCCAGAGGAGCAAGGAGACAUCGUGGUAGCCUUGUACCCCUAUGAUGGCAUCCACCCAGACGACUUGUCUUUCAGGAAAGGAGAGAAGAUGAAAGUCUUGGAGGAGCACGGAGAGUGGUGGAAAGCUAAAUCCCUUUCCACAAAGAGAGAAGGCUUCAUCCCCAGCAACUACGUAGCCAAAGUCAACACCUUGGAAACGGAAGAGUGGUUUUUCAAGGAUAUAACCAGGAAAGAUGCCGAAAGACAGCUUUUGGCACCAGGGAACAGCCCCGGGGCCUUUCUCAUCAGAGAAAGUGAAACAUUAAAGGGAAGCUACUCUUUGUCUGUCAGAGAUUAUGACCCUCUGCACGGUGAUGUCAUUAAGCACUACAAAAUUAGGAGUCUGGACAAUGGGGGUUAUUACAUCUCUCCAAGAAUCACUUUUCCCUGUAUCAGUGACAUGAUUAAGCAUUACCAAAAGCAGUCAGAUGGCUUGUGCAGAAGAUUGGAGAAGGCUUGUAUUAGCCCCAAACCACAGAAGCCCUGGGAUAAAGACGCCUGGGAGAUCCCGCGAGAGUCCAUCAAGUUGGUGAAGAAGCUCGGGGCCGGGCAGUUCGGGGAAGUCUGGAUGGGUUACUAUAACAAUAGCACCAAAGUGGCUGUGAAAACGCUGAAGCCGGGCACGAUGUCUGUGCAAGCUUUCCUGGAAGAAGCGAACCUCAUGAAGACCCUCCAGCACGACAAGCUGGUGAGGCUCUACGCCGUGGUCACCAAGGAGGAGCCCAUCUACAUCAUCACGGAGUACAUGGCCAAGGGCAGUCUGCUGGAUUUCCUGAAGAGUGAUGAAGGGGGCAAAGUGCAGCUUCCAAAGCUAAUUGACUUUUCUGCUCAGAUCGCAGAGGGAAUGGCGUACAUUGAGAGGAAGAACUACAUUCACCGAGACCUGCGAGCAGCUAACGUCCUGGUCUCUGAGUCACUCAUGUGCAAAAUUGCCGACUUUGGCCUUGCUCGAAUAAUUGAAGAUAACGAGUACACAGCAAGGGAAGGUGCUAAAUUCCCCAUCAAGUGGACCGCCCCAGAAGCAAUCAACUUUGGAUGUUUCACGAUCAAGUCUGAUGUGUGGUCCUUCGGAAUUCUCCUGUAUGAAAUCGUCACCUAUGGGAAAAUUCCUUAUCCAGGGAGAACGAAUGCAGACGUGAUGACCGCGCUGUCACAGGGCUACAGGAUGCCCCGCAUGGAGAACUGCCCAGACGAGCUCUAUGAGAUCAUGAAAAUGUGCUGGAAAGAGAAGGCAGAAGAGAGGCCCACGUUUGAUUACUUGCAGAGCGUCCUGGAUGACUUCUACACUGCCACGGAAGGCCAGUAUCAGCAGCAGCCUUAGAACACAGGGAGCCCUGGAGGCCCUGGCCGGCAGCUGCCUGGCGCGCUGGUUUUCGUGUGCUGAGGUCAUCAGCCGUCCCCGCUUCCUGGAGUGAGGCUACGUUACUCAGGAAGACACACUCUCUACACGGGAAAGUAUCCUCUUCUCACAGGCUGAUGCCCACGGCUCUGCCCCUGGGCCUGCUCCCAGAUGGCCAUCCUGCUUUGCUGGACCAGCGUCUGAAUACAGCCCUCUGAGAAGAAAACACUGGCUCUGCCCCAGGGGCGCCCACUUUGGCCUCUGUUUACAAUUGGAUGUGCGACUCAAAGGUUCAGAGGCCAUUUCAAUCAAUCCCACCCAGCAGCAGAACUAAACUCGCCUAUAAAAGUAAAAUAACCCGAUGCCUCUCAUGGCAUGUGUCUGUAUGUUCUCUAUGCUGCAGCUUCUUUGUUUAAACAUUACUAAUCCAACCUGUUAGAUUUUCCCGUGACGUCAGAAGCUUCAAUGCCUUUCCCAGAUUUCAGUGAUCGACCCUCCCCCUAAAUCUGAGACUGUUCGACAUUUCAGUCCGGGGAGACUGCCCAGAUUCCCGGAUAGGAAGCAGCCACGCUUUUCUGGUCUCUUUCCUGUAGAAGUGUCAUGUGUGAGUCACGCAAAGCUGCUGAGUUAAGGGACAUGGGCCUCGCCGACUGCUGGGCCUUGCCCAGACCUACCAGGACUACCUUAACAGGGACUAUUCCUAAAUGGUCCAGCUUUUCAGUUCCACAACUUCCUAUAUACAGACUUUCAUUGACAAUGUAGUUUGGAAGAACAAUGCAAUUCUAAUCUCUGCAGAGCUGUAUAGGGCCUUAUAAAACGUAGGAAUUUCCUUUAUCGCUUCAAAUGAUCUGAACAUUAUUUUAAUGAUUAAAUAUUAAUGUUAGUUGUACUCAAAGUAAAAACUCCAUGUUUGUUAUAAUUAUGUUAUAAUUCAGCGAUUUUCUAAAUGGUGUGAGAUGUGUGUGAGUCUAUUUAUACAGAAUAUGAAGGAGACGAACGACUGAGGAGGCGCUGAUGAGUCACUGUAGCAAGGGAUGCAGGAGGUUUUGUUUACUAAAUUUUUCUUACUACUGUCAGCUUUGAAUGGAAAAUGCUGUGUCACAUGUUUCACUUAUGCUGUCCUGUAUAUAUCUAAUAUUUCUAUUUUUGAUUUUAUUUUAAUACACCUGGUCCAAUAACA